AUGGCCUUGGCUGUGAGCCAUGUCCGGCUGGGCACUUCGCUAAGGCAGGUUGGGGCUACUGCGAGGCUUGCGGCAAAGGCACCAUUCCGGACAUCCAUGGUGACAGCUGUCAGGAUUGCCCACCUGGAUGUUGACAAGCAUGUAGCCAUCCUGCAAAAGCUGGGCAUGAAGCCUGCCGAGACAGAGCAAAAGGUUUCUAAGAUGAUGGCAAACCAGAGCCUGAUUGCUGGAGUGAGUAUCCGAUACCUUCUGUCUGAGAGCUUUUCCCACCUGGCAAAGCAGAGAACUGGCCUCGCGAAUCCCACAUUCAAUGAUAUGAAGUCCGCCUUCUGGCUUUGUGACGACCCCAUUGGCCAUGAUAUCCGCUGCCCACGAGAUGGUAGGAUGGGCUGCGCUCUUGUAGAUUGGAUCCCGCGACUCGACCGGAGGGAACAAAGCCACUUUCUAUCUUGGACGUGGCAGUAUAGCCUCUCUGACUUGCAGAGUGCCUUGACGUCCUUUGGAGGAAGCGAGGCGCAUGCUCAGUGCGACAUCUUCUUCUAUGUGUGUUUUUUUGUGAACAACCAGUUCCGGAUCAUACUGGAGUCGUCCCAAGCUGGUAGUGAGGACCUA